AUGUUAUCGGAACAGGCACUCAACAAGCGGAACUGGGAGGGCAAGGAAGAUGUCCUCCUCCUGGAACUGCACUCCGCGUACGGGCCCAACUGGACACGCAUUGCGGGGGGUAUGGGCAUUCGGUCGGCCAAGCAAUGCCGGGAGCGGUACACACAACACCUCAAGCCGGGGCUCAACCGCUCACCCAUCUCGGACGACGAAGGACGGCAGAUCAUGCGGAUGGUGAGCGAGAGCGGGCAAAGGUGGGCGCAGAUUGCGAGGAACCUGGGCACGAACCGCAGCGACAACCAGAUCAAGAACUGGUGGAACGGAGCGAAGCGGAAGGAGACGUCGAAGAGGCAGGAGGCUGGUCAGGAGCGGCACCACCAGCAUCAGCUCCAACACCAACAGCCAUUACCUCAAAUCGCUCACCAACACCAACACCAACAGUACCCGCAAGACAUCUCUCCCUCGCUCGGCCUGGCCGCUCUCCCCGAGCGACGCGGCAUCCUCCCACCCGUCCCUCUCAGUCUUCCCUUCGACGGGCCACGGCGGUCCUCGCCCGCACACUCUUACGACUCGGAGCGCCCCCCAUCGCUGGUCUCUGAUAGCGGUUCUACCUGGAGCGCCUCGCAGCCCGCUUCCGCAUCCUGCUCGCCAACCUCCGUCUCUCUUCCUCCUCUUCACUACGCCCCGCCCACACCACCCACUGCCAGUUGCACCCCGACCGUGCCUCCUAUGGCCGCUCCUGGCCAACUCGGUCACUCGACCACCGGAUACGCUCACUACGCCACCGGCCCCAUUCGUCGGUGCUCGGAGGGCAGCAGCACCAGCAGCAACACAGCCUACUCCCCGCGGAGCAGGUACAUCACAACCCCCACGACACCCGUCUACAGAGGCUUGUCGUCGGCCGGUUCAUCCUCCCGUUGGGAACCGUAUCCGACAAAGGGCCGGCGGCCGAGCACAGGGUACCUCCGCGAGCAGGAGCACGAGAGCUCACCAGAGAAGAGAGAAAAAGGGAAGAGCUCGCUUUCAUUCCUUCUUAACUAA